GGGCUUUAAGACUCGGGUGUAUGUGGCUUAAAGUGUUGGCUAAGGGUUAGUUUAGCCUACAUCCACUUUGCUUCAACUUCAGAACAGGAACAAAUUUUAUAGUAGGUUUAGAUAGAUUUUAGAUUCCAAGGCGCAGAAGCUCAACUUUCACCACCAAUAUCCAAUAGUGGUGGUGAGAUAUUGAAUAUCGCGUAUUUGAGUAGUAUCGAUUGAUCGAGUAGUUGAAUGAUGAGGAGCUGGAAAGUGUUGAGUGCAUCGAGGUGCUUGAGAGCACGAGGGCAACUAACGUUGCGGCAAGAUGCACUUGACCAUAAUCCCCUCUUUUUUUCCGGCGCUUUGCAUUUUAACCGUGUUCCAACCCCAACAGGCGGCGGUAGCAGCUCUUUUUUUGGGAAAAGUCCCACUCUCAUCACCUGCAACCCUAGAAAUGCAUGCUCAUGGAAUCUCGUCAAGAGAUAUACUAAUGUUAACGCCUGCGUUAACAAUUCUUCCUUUUUCCCCCUGUCCACGCCCUACCAGCAGCCGGAUUCGAUACCAAACGGGCGCUUAUCAUUCUCAUCUUCAGCCUCAAGUAACGAUGACGACAAAUUCCAAAAUAAAGCAUCAUCUGGUACCGAGAAAAGAAAAGCUGCAGACGUGCAAAUUCUACGCACUCUAGCGGGCUAUUUGUGGAUGAAGGGUAAUUUGGAGUUCCGUUUAAGGGUGAUGACUGCCCUGGGAUUCCUUGUUGGGGCUAAGCUUUUGAAUGUUCAGGUUCCCUUCCUCUUCAAGCUUGCUGUUGACUGGUUGACCGCCCCCAAUGCCACUGCUCUUGCCGACUCUACUCUUGCGGCUAUUUUUGUUACCCCUAUUGCAGUAUUAAUUGGUUAUGGCAUUGCCCGUACCGGAGCUUCUGCUUUCAACGAACUGCGUACUGCUGUAUUUUCAAAAGUAGCAUUACGAACAAUCCGCUCUGUUUCCAGGAAGGUCUUUUCACAUUUGCAUGAUCUUGAUCUUCAGUACCAUCUUAGUCGAGAAACCGGUGCUCUAAAUAGAAUAAUUGAUCGUGGUAGCCGCGCAAUCAAUUUUAUUCUUUCAUCUAUGGUGUUCAAUGUUGUUCCCACCAUUUUAGAGAUAUCUAUGGUAUCAGGUAUACUGGCAUACAAAUUUGGAGCACCUUUUGCAUGGAUAACUUCUCUCUCUGUUGCUGCAUAUAUUGCAUUUACUUUGAGUGUGACUCAGUGGAGAACCAAAUUUAGGAAAGCUAUGAAUAAAGCUGAUAAUGAUGCAAGUACAAGGGCCAUUGAUUCACUUAUCAAUUAUGAGACAGUUAAAUAUUUCAACAAUGAAGCUUUUGAAGCUGAAAAGUAUGAUGAGUUCUUAAAGAGGUAUGAAGAUGCUGCCUUGAAAACACAACGGAGUCUUGCUUUUCUGAAUUUUGGCCAAAAUGUGAUAUUUAGCUCAGCUUUAUCUACCGCUAUGGUGUUGUGCUCACAUGGAAUUAUGAAUGGCCAAAUGACAGUUGGUGAUUUGGUUAUGGUGAAUGGGCUACUUUUCCAGCUCUCUCUCCCACUCAAUUUCCUUGGUAGUGUUUAUCGUGAGACCAUACAGAGUCUUGUUGACAUGAAAUCCAUGUUUCAAUUACUUGAGGAGAAGGCUGAGAUUAGUGACAAGCAAGAUGCAAAACCUCUGAAGCUGAAUGGGGGAAGCAUUCUGUUUGACAAUGUGCAUUUCAGUUACCUGGCAGAAAGAAAGAUUCUGGAUGGGAUAUCUUUUAUUGUACCAGCUGGGAAAAGUGUGGCUAUUGUUGGAACUAGUGGAAGUGGCAAGUCAACCAUUCUGCGAUUGCUCUUCAGGUUCUUUGAUGCUCAUUCAGGAAGUAUCAGGAUUGAUGGUCAAGACAUUCGAGAUGUAACACUAGAUAGUCUUCGACAGUCUAUUGGUGUUGUGCCACAAGAUACUGUACUCUUCAAUGAUACAAUAUUUCACAAUAUACAUUAUGGUCGUCUUUCAGCGAAAAAAGAAGAGGUUUACGAGGCUGCUAAACGGGCUGCAAUUCAUGAGACUAUCAUGAACUUCCCUGAAAAAUAUUCAACUGUUGUUGGGGAACGAGGGCUUAAGUUAAGUGGUGGUGAGAAACAACGCGUGGCUCUUGCUCGUGCAUUCCUGAAAGCUCCAGCCAUUUUGUUGUGUGAUGAAGCUACUAGUGCCCUUGACAGUACAACUGAAGCAGAGAUAUUGAAUGCAUUGAAGUCACUAGCAAAUAAUAGAACUUCAAUCUUCAUUGCUCACAGGCUUACAACAGCAAUGCAGUGCGAUGAGAUAAUAGUUCUGGAGAAUGGCAAGGUUGUUGAACAGGGACCACAUGACAUUCUCUUGGGGAAGGCAGGAAGAUAUGCGCAGCUGUGGUCACAGCAAAAUAGUUCCAUGGAUGCCAUAGACACAGCGGUGAAAGUUGAGGCCUGAAAUUUAAAAUAUAGUCCUGUACAAGGAAACCGGAUCGUGACAAAGCUUAAAUAGCCAUACAAAAUUUGUAGUUCAAAUGUAGCACCAUCGCAAUUCUUCCGUGCCCUUCUUGGCAAGAUGGAGGUGAAGUUAUGUAUGUUAUCUUCUCUUUCAAUACUGGGGCAAAGCUGUUGUGUCUGAUUUAUUGUACAGUUAUGAUGCGUCAAACUAAAGCAUCUGAACUAGAUACCAAUAGUUAAAUACCAUGAUAUGGUGUUAUUGAUCGUAUUAUCAGUGGUACCCAUUAUUGGGCAAAAUAAAAUCAAUGCAGUGUGUGACUGCGUUAUUCCUUUAGCAUA